GUGAAUACAGUUUGUACGAGAAUACGAGAGUAUUUGUUGGGUAUGGGAGAUGAAGAGUUAUUGGUGAAUUCGUUGUAUGGAGUUUUGGUAACGACAUAUCUGAAGAUGGAUCCUCCACAGAUUGGUGAAGCACUGUGCGAUAUCAGUGAACGUUCUGCAAAACGUAACUUUUUAACUUAUGAGGAGGACGGAAAGGGUUUCGAACGUAAAUGGAUAGAGUAUAUAGCGAUGAUAAUGCCUCGAGCGAAUCUGAUGCGAGCCGCAUUAUCGUUCUAUAAUAUACCACUGGCAGUGAUCUCUGCACAGUACUCACAACAGCGUAUCUGCAAAGAAGUUGGCAUGCAUUUGUUCCGUAAGCGACUCUAUGAAGAGGCGAUUUUGAUGUUUCAUAAAUCGGACGAUUUGAAAAUGAUCAUUGAAUGCAUUGAAACGGGUUUCUUGUGGCGUGAUGUGCCCGAUUUGGAACUGAAUAAUCGAAUAACGUCAAAAGAAUGUGAAAAAAUUCUAACAAAACUUCACAAUCACGCCGAAAAUAUUGCCAAUUAUUCGGCUUUAGCUGAUAUUUCUCUAAUGACUGCGCAAAGUGCGAGUGGAAUUUUCAGCAAUCCGUCUGAAGAGAUGAAGGAAACGUACGAGAAAAUGACGCAAAUGUAUUGUAUGGCAUCGGAUUGGAAACGUGCACUGCUGUGUGCACAUCAUCAACCAGGUGGGAAUAGUUUCAUGUGA